AUGGCAGAGAGCAGCAGGGAAAGUGAUGAUUAUGAAAAGAGGCGCCUGUGUCUGGCUACAGUGAUCAAGCAGAAGUGGGCACAGGAGACACAAGGUCUGGGGGAACCACACACCCAGUGUCACCUCAUCUCUACCAAGAAGAAGGAGCUUAAUUCCGUCGCUUCUGAGCUGUCUGCACGGCAGGAGGAGAGUGAACAUUCUCAUAAACAUUUAAUUGAACUCCGCCGGGAAUUUAAGAAAAAUGUACCUGAGGAAAUCAGAGAGAUGGUGGCUCCUGUAUUAAAAAGCUUCCAAGCUGAGGUGGUGGCCCUUAGUAAGAGAAGUCAGGAGGCUGAGGCCGCUUUCCUGAGUGUUUACAAGCAAUUAAUUGAAGCACCAGAUCCCGUGCCUGUGUUUGAGGCGGCUCGCAGCCUAGACGACAGACUGCAGGCCCCCAGCUUUGACCCCAGUGGGCAGCCUCGGCGAGACCUGCACACUUCGUGGAAGAGACACCCUGAGCUCCUUGGCCCCAAAGAACAGAGAGAGGGGACGACUCCAGCCGGGCCCACGCUGACCGACGGCAGCCGCCUCCCAGGCCUUCCCUGCAAAGCCCUCUUGACAGAAACCUUGCUGCAAAGAAAUGAGGCCGAGAAACAAAAGGGCCUUCAAGAAGUACAAAUCACUCUGGCGGCCAGACUGGGGGAGGCAGAGGAGAAGAUCAAGGUUCUACAUUCAGCGUUAAAGGCCACACAGACAGAGCUGCUGGAGCUGCGGCGGAAAUAUGACGAGGAGGCAGCAUCCAAGGCAGAUGAAGUCGGCCUGAUCAUGACCAACCUGGAGAAAGCCAAUCAGCGAGCCGAGGCUGCCCAACGGGAGGUGGAAAGUCUUCGGGAACAACUCGCCUCCGUCAACAGCUCCAUCCGUCUGGCCUGCUGCUCUCCCCAGGGACCCAGUGGGGAUAAGAUGAACUUCGCGCUGUGCUCAGGUCCUCGGCUGGAGGCCGCCCUGGCCUCCAAGGACAGGGAGAUCCUGCGAUUGCUGAAGGAUGUGCAGCACCUCCAGAACUCUCUGCAGGAGCUGGAGGAGACCUCCGCCAACCAGAUCGCAGAGCUGGAACGGCAGCUUACAGCCAAGUCUGAGGCCAUCGAGAAGCUGGAAGAGAAGCUGCAAGCGCAAUCUGACUAUGAAGAAAUUAAAACUGAACUGAGCAUCCUGAAAGCGAUGAAGCUGGCCUCCAGCAACUGCAGCCUCCCCCAGGGCCUGGCUAAGCCAGACGACUCGCUGCUCAUGGCCAAGGAGGCCUUCUUCCCCGCACAGAAGUUCCUCCUGGAGAAGCCGGCUCUGCUGGCCAGCCCUGAGGAGGACCCUUCCGAGGACGAUUCCAUCAAGGACUCGCUGGGCACGGAGCAGUCCUACCCCUCCCCUCAGCAGCUCCCUCCACCACCGGGGCCAGAAGACCCACUGUCCCCCAGCCCUGGGCAGCCCCUGCUGGGCCCCAGCCUGGGCCCCGACGGCCAGCGAACUUUCUCCCUGUCGCCCUUCCCCAGCCUGGGUGCGGGCGAGCGGCUGGUGGGGGACGCACUGCUGCCCAAGCACCUGAUGCCCCCGGCCACCUUCAAGGGGGAGGCAAGUGGCCUGCUGCUGUUCCCCCCGGCCUUCUACGGCACCAAGCCCCCUGCUGCCCCAGCCACGCCUGGCCCAGGCCCUGAGCCACCUGGGGGCCCUGAGCCGGCAGAGGGUGGCGGAGGAGGCCCAGUGGUGGCCGUGGCUGGGGCGGAGGAGGAGCAGCUGGACACGGCUGAGAUCGCGUUCCAGGUGAAGGAGCAGCUGCUCAAACACAACAUCGGGCAGCGGGUGUUCGGCCACUACGUGCUGGGGCUGUCACAGGGCUCGGUCAGCGAGAUCCUGGCCCGACCUAAGCCCUGGCGCAAGCUCACGGUGAAGGGCAAGGAGCCCUUCAUCAAGAUGAAGCAGUUCCUGUCGGACGAGCAGAACGUGCUGGCUCUGAGGACCAUCCAGGUGCGGCAGCGAGGCAGCAUCACCCCGAGAAUCCGCACGCCUGAGACAGGCUCGGACGAUGCCAUCAAGAGCAUCCUGGAGCAGGCCAAGAAGGAGAUCGAGUCACAAAAGGGGGGUGAGCCCAAGAACUCGACGGCUCCGUUGAACAUCGCCAAUGGCACAACCUCUGCUAGUACCUCGGAAGAUGCCAUCAAGAACAUUCUGGAACAAGCACGCCGUGAGAUGCAAGCGCAGCAGCAGGCCCUGCUGGAGAUGGAGGCAGGCCCCCGGGGCCGCUCGGUGCCACCCUCACCCCCGGAACGGUCCUCAGUGGCUGCUGUGAGCCAGAACGGGGCGCCAGCCUACAUCAAGCAGGAGGAGGCUGGCAGUGGCGGCGGUGGUGGUGGUGUUAGUAGCAGUGGGACCAGCAGCAGCGCCACACAGACGUCCCUCACGGUCCUGUCCCCCGCUGCCUUCGUGCAGAGCAUUAUCCGGAAGGUGAAGUCAGAGAUUGGCGAUGCUGGCUACUUUGACCACCACUGGGCCUCGGACCGUGGCCUUCUCAGCCGCCCCUAUGCCUCCGUCUCGCCCUCACUCUCCUCCUCUUCCAGCUACUCUGGCCAGCCCAAUGGACGGGCCUGGCCACGCGGGGACGAAGCCCCCACAGCCACCGAGGACGAGGCGGCUGGAGGCGAGGACGAGCCCCCCAGGGUGGGCGAGCUGAAGGCUGAGGGGGGCGUCCCUGAGGCGGGUGGUGGCGGGCGACUGGCCUACUACCCGGCAUAUGUACCCCGCACCCUGAAGCCCACUGUGCCGCCCCUGACCCCUGAGCAGUAUGAGCUCUACAUGUACCGUGAGGUGGACACGCUGGAGCUGACGCGCCAGGUCAAGGAGAAGCUCGCCAAGAAUGGAAUCUGCCAGAGGAUCUUCGGGGAGAAGGUGCUGGGCCUGUCACAGGGCAGCGUGAGUGACAUGCUGUCCCGGCCGAAGCCGUGGAGCAAGCUGACGCAGAAGGGGCGGGAGCCCUUCAUCCGCAUGCAGCUCUGGCUCUCGGACCAGUUGGGCCAGGCUGCCAGCCAGCCAGCCAGCGCUGCCCAGGCCAGUCCCACCGAACCAAGGUCCUCACCAUCCCCACCCCCUAGCCCCAUGGAGCCCGAGAAGAGCUCCCAGGAGCCCUUGAGCCUGUCACUGGAGAGCAGCAAGGAGAACCAGCAGCCAGAGAGCCGUUCUGGCUCCUCACUGGGUGGGAAGAUGUACUUGGGCAGCCAGGCCGCCGGCGGCAUCCAGGAGAUUGUGGCCAUGUCCCCCGAGCUGGACACGUACUCCAUCACCAAGAGAGUCAAGGAGGUCCUCACAGACAACAACCUAGGGCAGCGGCUGUUUGGAGAGAGCAUCCUGGGCCUGACACAGGGCUCCGUGUCUGACCUGCUGUCCCGGCCCAAACCCUGGCACAAGCUGAGCCUGAAGGGUCGAGAGCCCUUCGUCCGCAUGCAGCUGUGGCUCAAUGACCCCCAUAACGUGGAGAAGCUGAGGGACAUGAAGAAGCUGGAGAAGAAAGCCUACCUGAAGCGCAGGUACGGCCUCAUCAGCACCGGCUCGGACAGUGAGUCUCCGGCCACCUGCUCCGAGUGCCCCAGCCCCUGCCUGCAGCCCCAGGAGCUGAGCCUCCUGCAGAUCAAGAAGCCCCGCGUGGUGCUGGCACCGGAGGAGAAGGAGGCACUGAAGCAGGCCUACCAGCUCGAGCCCUACCCCUCCCAGCAGACCAUCGAGCUCCUCUCCUUCCAGCUCAAUCUAAAGACCAACACCGUCAUCAACUGGUUCCACAACUACAGGUCACGAAUGCGCCGGGAGAUGCUGGUGGAGGGGACCCAGGACGAACCGGACCUCGACCCAAGCGGGGGCCCUGGUGUUCUGCCGCCAGGCCACUCCCACGCAGACCCCACCCCGCAGAGCCCCCACUCUGAGGCUGAGGACCAGAAGCCUACAGUGAAGGAACUGGAGUUUCGGGAGGGCUCUGAGGAGAGCGUCAUGCCCCUGACCACCCAGGACAAGGCCCAGGUGAGGAUCAAGCAGGAACAGACAGAGGAGGACGCCGAGGAAGAGGAGGGAGGCCGUGUCCAGAACUUACGGGAGCCUGAAGAGGGCCAGGGUCCCCCCAAAGAGGAGCAUCCCGACCCUCCAGAUAACGAUGGACUCCCAAAAAUGGCUCCGGGGCCCCUCCUUCCAGGCGGGACCACCCCAGGCUGCUCCUCGAUACAUCCGCCCCAGGAGAACAAGGGCAAGGAGCAGCUUCACCCAGACCCGAUAAGUUUUAAGUCGGCCUCGGAGUCCUCACGUUGCAGCCUGGAGGUAUCACUGAACUCACCCUCAGCCGCCUCCUCGCCAGGCCUCAUGAUAUCUGUGUCGCCUAUCCCCUCCUCCUCAGCCCCCAUCUCUCCAUCCCCCCCUGGAGCCCCCCCUGCCAAAGUGCCGAGUGCCAGCCCCACUGCUGACACAGCCGGGGCUUUGCACCCUAGUGCCAAGGUGAACCCCAACUUGCAGCGGCGGCACGAGAAGAUGGCCAACCUGAACAGCAUCAUCUACCGGCUAGAGAGGGCUGCCAAUCGGGAGGAGGCCCUGGAGUGGGAGUUCUGA